AUGAGUAAAGUCACCUGGCUUGACAAGCUCCAGGAGCAAGUCAAGAUCGACAUUGACUGCAUGGAUCCAGUAGAGGCGAAAAGAUUUCUGCCUUUCGAACCACAUGAUCAGACGAGCAAUCAGCGCUUGGUCUAUGAGCAAAUGAUCUCUCCCGAGAACCGGGAACUAUUCUUGAAAACUGUCGAAGAAGGCAAAGACGAAGGAUGGGAGAUAAUCCUUGAUCGAAUGAGUGCUCUACUGUGCGCCAAAAACAUAGAGAACAUCCAGGGGCGAGUGUUGCUUCAAACCUCAGCUUUCCACGCAUACGACACAAGAAAAGUUGUGGCCCAGGCUCGAUCCUAUGCAAGCGAGUUCGAGAAGCUUGGUAUCUCGAAAGAUCGGAUUUGUAUCAAGAUUCCGUGCACAGGUCCUGCUCUCAACGCCAGUCCGAUUCUACUCAGAGAAGGGAUCCGCACGCUGGGAACUUCUCUAUUUUCUGUCUCUCAGGCCAUAGCUGCCAGCCAGGCAGAGGCUUUGUCUAUUAGCCCCUACUACAACUUUCCUUGGUAUCAUACCGACCGAGGGCAGUGGCCCAAUGCUGAAGACCCAGCUCUUGAUCAUCCUAUGUCACACAGAAUCGUACAAAUCCAGCACAUCUACCAGCGCCUUCGACAAGAGACUGGUAAGACGCAGCCACUACUCAAGCCAGCAAGCUUCAUAUCCGCCCGUGAGGCAAUAGCUAUGGCCGAGCUCGGCUGUGAUCACGCCACUAUUCCUGAGGAUAUCCUCCUUCAACUCUCGCUAUUGGAUGCCGAAGCAAACCCGCCACCUGGAAGUGAUUCUCACAUGAAGACCGGUAGCCCGUCGUCACGAGUUGCCCAUCUGGCAAAUAUUGAUCCCCUGGCCGGUCCAGGCUGGCCUGGGCUUCCAGCACUCGAUAUCGACUAUCUGGCAGAUAACGGGGCCGCACUGACCAAGGCUAUCGCUGCUGACACUUUUACUCAGAGGGGGCUUGACACAGCUCUGGAGGCAUUCAAGGCGAACGAGUUGCAGAGUCGAGAUGCAAUCGAAGAAGCUUUAAACCAGUUCUGA